AACAGCCGAGACCUUUGGUUUCUAGGCAACGAAUGUUAACGUUUGGGACAGAAGUCGCAACAGAUAUAAUGGCUUUAUUAGAAGCCAUCUAAACUCAGCUUCACUUUGAAUUCAGACGACAAACAAAAGAUUUAUACUAAAGAAAACACAGACAGGUGUGGAGGGCUCAGGUUUCUCGAGAUAAUACCUCAAAGAUAUCCAAUAAAGUCAUGGAAGGACAAAGAAAAGGCAUUGUCUAUCAAGCCCAACAUGGCGUAGCUGCUAAGAGGAAAGAUGGAGUUGACCGGCCGUUUCCAAACAAGCCUGUUAGCCACAGAAGACCUAUCAACCCAGGGAAACAAGACUCACUUGAUCUGGAGGACUUUGAAAAAAGAACUAUGACAGAACAACCAAGAGGCCCUUCUUUUCCCCAAAAAUACCAUUCAGAUGGCAUCGGAAAAAACACUGGAUCCCAGCAAACAAGGAAAGACUUGCUCAUACAGACCAGUGGAGAACUGCAAAUGGCCAGAGCAAUUCAUGCAAAAGAGCUAAUGCUGCAGGAGAAGCUGUGGAGCGUUGAGGAAAAAAUAAGACAGAAAUACCAGAGAUACGCUGCUGAACAUGAGGACCCAAAGAGUAGGGAACAGAGGAACAACAGGGGACAAGCAGAGAGGGUAAAAGCUCAGACACAGUGUGAGCAUUUUGACCAGCAUAGGAGAGAACCAGUGGGAAGAGACAUGAUGAUGCAAGAGAAAAGACAGGACAAUGUUAAACAACUCAGGAGUAUGCAAUAUCAGAGAAAUGAUGACAGAUUACGUAUAACACUUGAAGAAGAAAGGGCAAGAAGGGAAAAAGAAGUUGCACAGUCACAAAGAAAAAGUCAUAAAGGAACUCAUCAGAUCAAAGUUCAUGAGCAGGAAGUGAGUGGAGAGUUCAACAAGUCAACUAAGGGAAAUGUGAAGGAGCAUACCAUAAGCAAAAGAGGGGAGGAAAAAGCUAAUGCCAUUUGGGGAAAGACAGGUGUCAAGGAUGGAACAGUAAAAACGAAAGAAAAAGAAGAAAAUAAAACUUUCAAAGCCGAUAAAGGUUGGACAAGAGAAAAGAAAUGUAGGGAGAUGUAUGUUUCUGAAGAUGAACGAGAUAUGCCUCAAAUGAGUCGACAGAUAAGUUAUCAUAAGGCUGCAACAGGAAACCUUAGAGGUGCAGAAAGAAAACUGUCUGAGGGACAACUGCUUCCAUCAGUUUCUCAUGCCUCGUAUUCCAGCAGACCAGAGCAAGGGGAGCUCAGGCAGGAGGAGAGCACAGACACCAGCCUCCAAACAUUUCCUUGCAGUGUCUGCAACAGAAUGUUUGCAGGUGAAAGAUUACAGAAGCAUCUCCAAAUCUGUAAUAAGCUGAAACAAUCGAAGCGGCCAGUCUUCAACUCCUACGUAAAUAGGACCAAGGGAUCCGCCACAGAGGAGUUCUGGAAAACCCACAGAAAAAGUCCAGAGGUUUUGAAGAAAAAGACCAGUCGGCAGAACCACAAGACAAACAUAAGUAAUCUGCACGAGGGUCGACUCCCAGCUGGAACCUCCCAACCGAAAUGGUCCAAGUGAGCCGACACUUCCAAAAAAGACUCCAUAGGUGUCAGCAAUUCAAGUCUCUAAUAUAAAGUGGAGGAAAUAAGUAUUUGAUCCCCUGCUAAUUUAGUUAACUUAACCGCUUACAAAGAAAUGAGUAGUCUGUAAUUUUUAUGGUGGGUUUAUUUUAACAGUGAGACAGAAUAUAAAAAAAAAGAAAUCCAGAAAUUUACAUUAAAAAAAAGAUAUAAAUUGAUUUUCAUUAAAUUGGGGGAAAUAAGUAGUUGAUCCCCUUGCAACCAACUAAAAUUCUGUCUCCCAAGGACCAGUUAAAUAAGUCCUCUCGCUUUAAGAAAGUACUCCUGAUGUCAACUCGUUACGUGGAUAAAAGACACCUGUCCACAGUCAAUAAAUCAGAUUACAACCUCUCCACAAUGGGAAGACCAACGACAUCUUGUGAUCAUGGUGCAACUAAUUUCUAAGGACACCAUGGACAAGAUUGUAGACCUGCACAAGGCUGGAAUAGAAGACAAGACCACCACCAAGCAGCUUGGUGAGAAAGAGACAACUGGUUUGAUUAUUAGAAGAUGGAAGAAGCACAAAAUGACCAUCAAUCGCCCUCGGUCUGGGUCUCCACCAUCUAAGAUCUUGCCUCUUGGGGCAUCACUGAUCAUGAGAAAGGUGAGGGGUCAGCCGAUAACUACACAGGAGGGACUUGUUGAUGAUCUCAAGUCAGCUGGGACCACAGUCACCAAGAAAACUAUUGGUAACACACUGCGCCGUAAUGGAUUCAAAUCCUGCAGCGCCCGCAAGGUCCCCUGCUCAAGAAGGCACAUGUACAGGCCGUCUGAAGUCUGCCAGUGAUCUUCUGAAUGAUUCAGAGAAGGCUUAUGAGAAGGUAAUGAGGUCAGAUGAGACCAAAAUCAAGAUCUUUGGCAUCAACUCGACAUGUUGUGUUUGAAGGAAGAGAAAUGCUGCCUAUUACCCCAAGAACACCAUCCCAAGAGUCAAGCAUGGAGGUGGAAACAUUAUGCUUUGGGGGGGUUUCUCUGCUAAGGGGACAGGGCGGUUCACUGCAUCGAGGGGAUGAUUGAGGGGUCCAUGUAUAUUAGAAAAUUGGCUGAUAACCUCCUUCCCCUAAGUCAUGUUUUGCAAGGGGAUCAAAUACUUAUUUUCCCCAAUUAAAUGCAUAUUAAUUUAUCUUUUUUUUAAAUUAAUUUCUGGACUUUUCUUUUAAUAUUCUGUCUCUCACUGUUAAAAUAAACCUACCAGAAAAAUUA